AUAUCCGGUCAAACCAACGCACCAGGAAGUUUCAUACAAAAACUUAAUUGACCACAAUCCAUUGCGACUUCCUACUGCGCAUGUCCGCGAGUGGUUAUGGAGCUCGGACGCGUCCACGAGCUGUCAACAUUACGGUGAUGUUCGCGUAUAAAGUGGAGGGAUGCCCAGGAAAAUAGGAUUUAUUGUGGUCAGCUCUUCCAGUCAUGAGGACAACUUCAGUGCUAAAGAGCUCAUGGUCCAUGCACCCACUGUCAGCGGGUGGAGAUCUAGCAAGCUGUGCAGCUACCCUCAGCACAUCACCCUGCAGCUGGUGGAAAGAAGUCGGGUAAAGAAGCUGCAGCUCCUUGCCCACCAUUACCUGAUUCCAGCCAAGGUGGAGUUCCACAUCGGAGACACUCGACCUGAACCCAGCACUUCAGCAAUCAUUGGACAGCUUCGCAGACUUGGCUAUGUGUCUCUGUCGGACAACGAGAAGACCGGCUUUAGAGCUCGGGAGCUGAAAUCAGUCCAUGUAGACGCCGUCGGAACUUAUCUGAAGAUAACCUUCCACCAGAAUCAUAUUAACCGUCACAAUCACUACAAUCAGGUCUCUUUGGUGGCCAUUAAUGUGCUGGGUGAGCCACUGGAUGGCAGCGCUUUUCACACGAUGCCAAGCAAAGAGCAGCUGAUUGAACACUACCUCAACAGCACUCAGCUGGAAGCUGCCUUGGAUGCGACCCUUGCAGGAAAAUGUGAUUCCAUGUCCCCCUUGGACGACCUGGCCUUUGACAUGUACCAGGACCCGGAAGUGGCCCAUAUAAUCCGCCAGCUGGAUCAAAAGAAGAAGGACAUGGUGUGCCAGGAGCGAUAUGAGCAAGCCAAAUAUCUGAAGCAGGCCAUCGCUGAUCUUAAAAAGGCCGGAGAGCAUUUGGCAAGAUUUGAUGUGGAGAAGCAAUCUGCUAUGGAAAAGGAGGACUAUGACCUUGCCAAGAAAAAGAAGGAUGAGAUGGAUGAGUACCGGCAGAGUGUCUACCAACAGCUGGAGGUCCACAACCUGCUAGAUAUGACAAUGAUCACAAAUGCAGCACAACUGUCUCCAUCCCACGAGGUUCCCUCACCUCUCCAUUCUUCAGACUGCCACUCACCCCUCCCCAAACCCUUUGACACGAUAAGGAAAGGGAAAGCUUUCUCAAAAACGCCACAGAGCCGUCUGUCAGACUCUGGCACAGUGUCGCCUAAGCGGAGCAAUUCACCUGACAUACCUGGAGCCUUGUCCUCGUCUACGCUACCAAAAAUAGAUGUUAGCAGCGUGCCAUAUGAUGAGUUGCUGUUGCCAGCCCCUCAAAGGAAAGACCAGCAGCCAGUGGCGGACAUACAGAGUCCUACAAUGGAGCAGUUCCUUUUACGAGACACCCAAAGGACACUACUUAGUCCUGAGACCGGCAUAGAACCAGAACCCCUAUCAGAGAAGGCUCAGAGAGAGGCUGGUCUUUCAAUAGAAAUCUUUGGAGAGAGUCUGGUCGCAAGUGCAUAUUCUAAAUCCUGGUCGAACAGAGAAGAUGCACUCCUGGCUGUGCACAACAAGCUUUUGGAGGUAUCAUCCACAACUUCCAAAGAGGAGCUGAGGAACAUGUUAAGAGCUACAGUCUUCCUGGUCAAGAGAGCCCUCCUUGAGAAAGUCUCAUCUGUUUUCCAAGCCUCCUUGAAGCUGCUGUUCUUGAUGUUCAGCCAGCUGAUCCCAGGUCUGGGCCGGGCUGAGGUGGCCCACUGUUUGGAUCAAACUUGGCCCAAUCUGCUGGCCAGGACAGGGGACUCGAGCAGCCGCCUCCGGAUCACAGCUAUCGCCUGCAUCCAAGAAAUUGCAGUUCUGAAGGAUGUUCAGGCCUUGCAGCUCAUCCCCACUGAGCUGGUGAAGCCUUUCAAAUCCAACUUCCCCUCUCGCCUGGCUCAGAGUCAGGUGGAGCUGCUCGAGACUCUCCUGGUGGAGCUGGGCACGGAGAACUCUGGAUUCACCCUGGAGAAUGUAAUGACGUUCUGCACUACAGCUUUGGAGCACAGCGCUUCCGCUGUUCGAGAGCAGGCGGUGCGCAUCAUCUUGUCCAUGUACAAGCAACACGGUGCAGCCGCUCUCGUUUACCUUCCACCCAGCAGUGCUGCCCGCAAGAACUUCCUUUACAAAACCCUGUUUGAUGGCUUCGCCAAGAUCGACGGAAAUCUGGUGGAGACUGAGCUUAUGAAGAAGGGAGGUGCUCUACAGGAUGGGCAGCAGGAGAAGGAGGAGAUCCAUUCUCUGCAAAAGCAGCUGGCUGCCUUGAAAGAGAUGACAGAGAGAGACAUUAGAAGUACCAAAGGCCAAAUAACCAAAAAAGAAGCGCCUAAGGUUGAGAGGGUGUCUCAAAAGUCUGGUAAACCAACAGUUACAAAAUUGCCACAGAACGAGAAAUUGCACACUUCAAACGUCCAACAAUCGAUUAAUUACCUGGACAAGUUGUGUAUUUUCUGUGGUAAAACUGAUGAUUCCUUCACUGAAGAUGUAUUAGAUCUUCACUACUGGAAACACUGUCCUAUGCUGCGACGCUGCGAUGAAUGCAGACAGGUAGUGGAGAUCGCCAGCUUCACCGAGCACUUACUGAACGAAUGUGAAAGCCGGUCCAAGUUCAGCCAGUGUCAAAGCUGCUCGGAGGCAGUGGCCACUGAGGAUCUGACUUGCCACAUCCAGGGUCCCACUUGUAAUCCCCCUGCCUCUGGUAAAAGCUUCAGUCACUGCCCCUUGUGUCACAACAACUUCCCACCAGGAGAAGAGGCCUGGAAGACUCACCUCACGGGGAGGGAGGGCUGCAAACAAAACUUGCGCAGGACUGCAUCCCAGAGAACCCAGCCAGUACAAGGCAGGGCUGUAUCUAGCACAAAGGUCACACAGACUUGGUCGGUGGGCGCCCGAGGCAGAGCCAGGCCUUUGGGGAGAAGCAGUCGAAUUCCAUCCCUUACGCCGCUGGCUAGAGGACAUACACCAGGGAAGCGGUGAUCGUCAAACAGGGAGACUCCCGGUGCAGAACAGACUCCACAUAAAGUCGUGUGAAAGUGUUUGCCCCCAUCCUGAUAUCUUAUUUUUUGUGCAUGAUUGUCACACUAAAUAUUUCAGAUCAUCAAACAAAUUUAAAUAGUAGUCAAUGACACCACAACUGAACACAAAAUGUAUGAAUGUAAGUGUGAAUGGUUGUUUGUCUAUAAAUGCCCUGGGAUUGGCUGGUGACCAUUCUUGCACCUCUCGCCCAAAGUCAGCUGGGAUAGGCUCCAAGCGACUGCGACCUCAGUGAGGACAAGCGAUAUAGAAAAUGAUGAAUGAACAGUAAAAAUUGACAUAUUUUAGACAUAUUUGCAAAUGAUGAUUAAUCAUGAUGAAUUAAUUUGAAAACUAAUUAAUCUGAUAACAUUUUUAGUCAUUUGACAGCCCUAGUUAAGUUGAAUAUUUAAUAUAAAAAUAACACAUCACAAAAAGGCCCACAAAAUUUGAUAUUGAUGUCAAUCCACAGUUUAAAUAAUCCAGGUCAUAUUUAUGCUUCACCAUCCUCGAAAAGUCAACGGUGAUAGCUACUGCUACCCAUUUUGGGACCAAACCCACCAGUUGAAAACCACUGCUCUAAAUCAGGUUAGUUUGGUUAGUCACCAAGAUCCUUUCGAAUGGUGCAAAAGAUUAUAUUUCCUCAAAAUUGUCAAAGAUAUGAAUCAAAAAUUUUAAAAGCAAUUAAUAUGGGCACUUUUGUGGGUCAUAUCCAACCACACGAUAACAUUCAACAUGUUAUUCAACAUUCAAAAACACUAACUCAGCAUGUGGCCAGACAGGGUAUGAAUAAUGUUGGUCGGACUUUAGCUACAGCUUUAAAUGUGCAAUGUCCUUAAAAACUACAAAUUGCUGUCAGUGACCAUGCGUAAUCAUACAAUAGGCAAAGCUUUAUUUGUACUGCAUACAGUAACAGAGUGUUUCACAGUCCAAGAUUAAAACAAAUAGAAGAGCAGGAGCAGUAGGGGAGAUUAGAAAAUGCUAUGGGAAGUGUGUUUCUGUGCACCAGGGCUAUCCACAGUGCGGCACGGGAGCCAUCUGUGGCCCACAGCUUGUUUUUUUACUGUCCUGCGGCACAUUGUAGAAAUAAAAUUAACCCCCCUCAAAAAACAGGAAAAAUAGAGCACAAACACAAAAUAUAAAGAGAAAAAGCUGAUAACUAAUAACCAAUAAUAAAACACGGCUUUAUGUAAAGUUUUUUCUAGCAUUUUUACAAAUUUAAAAAUGACAAAGUGACUCCUUGCAUCCUUUGAUUUUCAGUGUGUGGCCCUUGGUGGAAAAAGUUUGGACACCUCUGCUGUAGAGAAUGUAAACAGAACUAGAUUAAAGACAUGAUAGAUAGGUACAGUGAGUAGACUUCAGCUUACUUCUACAAAUUGUUAUCACACUAAACUACUGAGUCUGUGACUAUAUGGCAAACAGGACAAUCCAUGUGUUUUUAUAAUCCGCAGAUAACGUCACCGGGGGUUAUUUUGUCUGUUGUGACAAGCCCCCGUCUGCGCUCACCCCUCGAGAGACAGAUGCUAUUAUACAGCUGUUUAUAUUUGCGUGGUGGCAAGUGUAGACAAGAGAGUGACUUAAGCUUCAUGUACUAAUGUUUCUAGUCAGUCGCUCUUGUGUAUAGGUUUAGAACGUUAUUGUCUUAAUUUUAGGUGUGCACAUAAAAUGUAUGAAGUACCAGUCAAAAGUUUAGACCUUCUUUUUGAAGUGUGUCCAAACUUUUGACUUAUACCGGAAUUGUAAGAUAAGUUGUGUAAUAUCUAGUACAGUAGUGUCAUGUGGUCUUUUAUUCUAUUAAAAAAAAAGGCUGGCUUUAA